AUGGACACAAUUAGCGAUGUCAUGAAGCACUGCGUGCCGAUCAACUAUGAUGACUACGACCCUCUCCCAGCCGACCACUUUUCCACCUACCCGGUCUUCUGCUCCAAAGCCACAGCCGAGGCCAUUGAAGCGAGCGCAGAGUUUACACGCAAGUGGAAGCGCGCCUGUGAAGUUGACGGACUGCACCAGGAUAAGCUCAACUUCCAGGCAUGCACCACCCAUCUAGGCCACUAUAAUCAAUGGGCGUAUCCGGAUUGUUUGCCGGAGCGGGUUUCGCUUAAUGCUGUUCUCAGUGAUUGUGCAUUUUUCUGGGAUGGUAUGUCUCCCGUCACUGGCAGGUCUACGAAUGUGAUGAUAACUAGUCCCGUAGACGUCAGCGACAGCAUCAGCGCCGAAAAGAUGAACGAGCUCACCCAGGACUUCGGCAUCGCGAUGCUGAGCGAGCUGCAGUCGGGCCGGCGCAUCGAGCCCAGGUUCGAGAUCAACAAGAUGGCCGUGCAGGUCAUCCGCGACUUUAUUGCCGUCGACCCCUUCACGGGCAUUGGGCAUCUGAAGGAGUGGAAGGGACACCUCGAUGCGCAGGAGAAGAGCACACACAACAACAUGUCGUGGGAGAAGUAUGUUGAGCAUCGAGUUAACGAAUCUGGUGGGAACUGGGGCAUUUCCGUCGGAUGCUGGACGAAUGACAUCCGCAUCAGCGACGAGGAGAAGGAGUCCGUCAAGUACCUCACCCAGCUCGCAUGCGCAGGAGGGAUCCUGGGAAACGACUACUAUAGCUUCCCCAAGGAAUUUGAUGAGCAUCAUCGGUCGGGAACUCUGGACCGACUUCAGAAUGGCGUGGCGUUGUUGAUGCGUGAGUAUGGCUACACCGAGGAGGAAGCAAAGGAGAUCAUCAAGAAGGAAGUGAUCAUCAGAGAAAAGAAGUGGAUGGAUGGGUUCGACGCCUGGAGUCGGCAGGCUGGGCCUGAGACGGGAGAGAUCCGUAGGUACCUUGUCAUGACCAUGGCCUUAAUGUCUGGCAGCAUGUUUUGGAUGUCCCAUGCCGGUCGGUACCACCGUACGGACCUCGCUACCACUGCUGAGGACCGCGCAACGCUUAUUGGGAAAUCCCGUGGUGCUCUGAGGGUGUUGGCAGGGUAUCCCCCGCCGAAGAACUUGGAGGGCAUAGUGCGCGAGCCCCUAGCCUCAGCAGUCCAGGACGACAAUGGUCAUGUGCAGCAUAAGGAUGCUGUCGCAGAUAGCAGUGUCCGCAACGGUGUUCACCAUGCUUUCAAGAAACGCAACUCCAGGAACGGCAAACAGAACGGUACAGAGGGGAGUAAAAGUACUUUCACCAAUGGCAACUACGUUCAGCCAGCGAAGCUGCAACAACAUGGCACCAGCAUCAACAGUAUGGCCAUAUACACAGCUCCUUUCCAGGAAGCUGCAGGUGACAUCUGUGAUGCUCCGUACAGCUACAUCGACUCGCUACCAUCCAAGAAGAACCGAAACAAGCUGCUCGACCUCCUGAAUGACUGGCUCCAGGUCCCCCCGAGCUCCCUCAAGCGCAUCAAGAACAUCGUCCAUAUGCUGCAUAACUCGUCGCUAAUGCUCGACGACAUCGAAGACGCAUCGGCCCUCCGACGAGGCCAGCCCGCUACGCACACCUUCUACGGCAUCAGCCAGACCAUCAACAGCGCCAACUACGUUUACGUCCAUGCCGUGCAUGAAGUGACUCGGCUCUAUAACCCUGAUGCAGACGAACUCCGCAACCUCCACCGCGGCCAGAGCCUCGACCUGUACUGGCGGCACCACGCACGCUGCCCAUCAAUGGAAGAGUACAUCGUCAUGGUCGACAAUAAGACCGGCGGGUUGUUCCGGCUGAUGCUGCGUCUUAUGACCGCCGAAUCCUCGAUUAGCCGGCCAUUGGACACGGCGCUUUGCCGGCUUCUCACGUUGACUGGGCGAUAUUACCAGAUCAGGGACGACUACUUGAACCUGGCUUCUGCAGAUUACGAGUCAAAGAAAGGUUUCUGCGAAGACUUCGAUGAGGGCAAAUUCUCGCUCCCCCUCAUUCACCUGCUCAGUCACACUCGCUAUCCCGACCGGAUCACCUCGGCGCUGUUCAACCGCAAACCCGGCACAAACCUCCCCUAUGAGAUGAAGAGAUAUAUCCUGGCUGAGAUGGAGGAGGUCCAGACGCUGGCCUACUCGCAGGAUGUCUUGAAGUAUCUGCACGAGGAACUCAUGCAUGCUCUGGAUGAGACGGAGAAUAGACUAGGUGCGAAUGAUGGUAUUAGGAUGAUGCUGUUGGGAAUGGGUCCCAAACUCUUGUUGUGUUGA